AUGAAUGAUGAUAAUGAUACACGUAUUGUUUCCAGGUAUGUGAUAUCGACUUUAUGCGGAGAUCCGUGUAGCUUUCCAGAAGCACUGGUAACCGUGCUGUUUUGGAUCGGUUAUUUCAAUUCGUCGUUGAACCCGUUGAUAUACGCCUACUUCAAUCGAGACUUCAGAGAAGCGUUCAAAAACACUCUACAGUGCGUGUUCCCAUGUUGUCAGUCAUGUUGUCCAAAAGAAAGCGACUCGACGGCCAUGAGCUACGUCUAA